AUGAUGAUGGAUGAUGUCUUGACGAGGCCCAAGGCCCAAAUACCCCUGAUCUUUGUGGUCGUGAUCAUCAUUGUCGUGUCGGCGCGAAAUUAUCUCAAUAAAGGACUCCACAAAUAUCCUGGCCCGUUUCUGGCGAACUUCACCGAUGCCUGGCGAUUCUAUACCGUCUACCGGGGCAAGUCACACCUCACUCUGCGUCUGCUCCAUGACCAACAUGGACACAUCGUCCGGCUGGGGCCGAAUGCCCUCUCCUUCAGUAGCCCAGAAGCUCUAAAGGCGAUUUACGGAUUGAAUAAUCGACUGACCAAGGCGAGCUCGCUCACCCCUGAUUCGAUGAAUGGAGCGAUUUGUUGA